ACGCAGCUGCGAGUGACGCGAUCCUCGUAUGCGUGCCAGGACGGCACCAGCUGCCACUGCUGCCAACACCUGCGGCAAAUUUCGCCGUUCUGAGACGCUGGACGAUCAUGGCUGCUAUGUGGAGCCCCCGGCAGUUGGAGGUGGUGGUGAUCUUGGUGCUACAGCUGGUGCUCUUGUUGGUGCUGGGGCUGUGCACCACCUACCAGACAGGCGAGGCCACCGAGCACGUGACACCGGAUGCAGAGAUGGCGAAGUACUACCCGCUGUUCCAGGACGUGCACGUCAUGAUGUUCGCCGGCUUCGGCUUCCUGAUGACCUUCCUGCGCCGCUACGGCUACAGCUCGGUGGGCUUCAACUUCCUGCUGGCGGCGCUGCUGCUCCAGUGGUCCAUCCUCUGCAAGGGCUUCUACGACAAGGACCCCCGCGACGGCAGCAUACACAUCGGCAUCAUCAAUCUUCUACAAGCUGACCUGACAGUUGCCACUAUCCUGAUCUCCAUGGGGGCCGUGCUGGGCAAAGUGACGCCACUGCAGCUCGUGGUUAUGGGGUUCAUAGAGACUGCCAUCUGCACAGCCAACGAACAUCUGGGAGUCUCAGUGCUCAAGGCGGUGGACGCUGGAGGCUCCAUGUACGUGCACGUGUUCGGCGCGUACUUCGGGCUGGCCGCCAGCCUCGUGCUGGGACACGGCAGGGCGCUGCGCAAGAACAGCGCAGAGCUGGAGGGCGCCUCCUACAACUCGGACCUCUUCGCCAUGGUCGCUACCAUCUUCCUGUGGUGCUUCUGGCCGAGCUUCAACGGCGCCCUGUCCUCUGGCGACGAGCAGGUGCGCGCCGUCGUCAACACGUACCUCGCGCUCGCCGCAUCCGCCGUCACCACGUUCGCCGUCUCGGCCCUCAGCACGCGGGACGCCAAGUUCUCCAUGGUGCAUGUGCAAAAUGCGACACUCGCAGGGGGCGUGGCAGUAGGUUCUGGCUGUGACAUGCUGCUCAGGCCUGCAGGUGCAGUUGCUGUGGGUGUUGUGGCUGGCAUCAUCUCAACUCUAGCCUACAGGUACCUGCAGCCUUGGCUGCUGCGUCGGGUGGGCCUGCACGACACGUGUGGAGUGCACUGUUUGCAUGGACUCCCUGGUGUCUUGGCAGGCAUAGCAGCAGCCAUUGCCGCCGGACUCGCUUCUGAGCAGAGCUACGGUCCUGCCCUCUACAAGAUCUUCCCAGCACGUGCUCUCCAGCCUCAUGAAGGACCUGACGGCUCUCCAUCUGCAUUGCUGGGGCGUUCCGCUCAGGCCCAGGCUGGGUUCCAACUGCUGGCUUUGGCGCACAGCCUCGCCAUAGCGCUGGUGGCCGGUGCUCUCACAGGAGUCCUGCUGAGACUGCCAGUACUGCAGCAAGUGCCGCGUGAGGAGUGGUUCAGCGAUGGCCGCCACUGGGAGCUGCCCGAGGAAGGCUGGGAGUCCCCGAGCAGGGCUGCCAACGGCGACUGCGCAGCCACCGACGUGGUGGCGCCUAGCAGGGAGCAGGGGUUGGACAACCUAGCCCUGGAGGCUGGUGAUAAGGUGGAAGUCACAGCGCUGGAGUCGCAGCUGCACAUAUGACGUCCACUCUACGUCCAGCCACAUGAGUGCCACACGAGGGUACAAAUACAUAGCCAAAGACUGGGUGAAGCACUGCCACUACAAUCAGUGUUAUAGUAUGAUACGUACAAAUAAAGUACUGCACCGGAGUACCGUAAUACUGAAAUCCAUUAAGUGGAUCCGAUUGCACUGCAUGGCUCUGAUACAAGUCUGCUAUGAUGGGCAGUGUGUUUGCUCCUGAUAAAAGUUUCUUUGUGCAUUAUAGAAGCGGUUGUCCUCUACCUUCUGUAAACAUAUUAACUUGUAAAUCUUGUAACUAA